ACACGAAAGCCAUUUUGCUGUCAAGGCUGUCGUUUCGAAAAGAUGGCGGGAAAGAGUACAUGUCCGAUGGUCAUAAUAAAUGCUAGUGAGGUUGCUAGUGUGAUUGGUGAGCAUCCGUACAAAUCAAGAGAAGAAAUUAUGCAGAAAGUUUGGGAGCGAACAGAUCAGAGGACAUUCUGCAUAGUUAACGCCACACAAAAUAAAACUGAAGUUGCAAGAAUCGUGACUUCAAGACUUCAAGAAGCAGACGAGGAAAUCAAAGAACAGUUUUCAAGCCUACUGGUUGGAGACUGGGAUAAACAGGACGACACAUUCAUUAGAGUCCUCAAAGAAAUCUUUCCAGAAGAUGGAUAUCCAAAGCCCUCUUUAUGGCCUUUGCGGUGGAAGAUCUUGAAAGCAAUUAAAAACGAAAAAAGUCAAGAUUUCCAUGAAAAAAUCUUGUUGAAAGAGGCACGAGUAGAACAGCUUUUGAUCGAGGAGGUUAAAAAGUUAUCUAAAGAUGAAAAUAAGCCAAUUUCUAAGUCAGUGGAGGAGAUCUGCGAGAAGAAAAACAUUAAGAAUGAAGAAGUAAAGAAAGCCCUCGAUUCAGCUCUCACGAAGGAAAGAGGUACCAAACUUGAGACCAAGACGGUUGAGGUUUUUGGCCAAGAAAAAGAUAUAAAAUUUAAGCCCGUACCUCAAGAAACUGUAUCAAAAGUGAUGGAACAUGAAAGUGUGAGGUGGGCACUCCAAGGCAGGGCUGAUGCUCUUCUCAAAGAUAAAGUUAUCGAAGUAAAAAACCGGAAAAACCGGUUUAUGCAACCAUUAUAUGACCUCAUCCAGUUGCAGGCAUAUCUCUACCUCUACGAAAUGCCAGAGGGAAUUCUUCUGGAGAGGUUUCGCAAAGAGCACAAUGAGACAUCAGUGAAAUUUGAAGAUAAUUAUUGGAAUAAUGAAGUGGUCCCAGCUCUAAAAGACUUUGUUUUUGUGCUCCAAGAUUAUGUUGAGAAGAAUAUGUCACUCCUGAAAGAGAAUAAAUGUGAUGUCAAUAUUGGUGGACCCAGAUCUCCUUCCAAGAGACCUUGCGGCACCCUUGAAAGUCCAGCGAUACAGGAGAAGAUGGCAAGAAAUGAUGAGGAAGAAGUUGACUCAGACUCACUUUUUGCAAACAUAGAACUAGAUUGCUUGGACAAUUUCGUAGUUGAAAAAGGAUUAGAAAUUAAGCAUUGAGUCUUUGAAACAGUGGCAAAUAUUGAGGAAUUCCCAUAGGGGGUCACUCCUGUCCUCAACAAAUCAUUUCUUACUCCCCUAACCCAAAUACAUGCAAGUGACAAGUAACUCUGCCAGUGAAAUGAGGAAUCCCAGGCGCUCUAAGUGCCCUCUAAUAUACCCCUGCUGUUAUUGCUAAAUACUUGAUUUUACAGUUCCGUUCAGUGACCACAAAUAAUAAUUCCAAGCCAAGGCUGGAGUUGCCACAUAUGAAAACAUGUAGUAUUGCUAUGCAGGGAAAUACCAACCUCAACAUGAAACUACUAUUCAGGGUCACUGAACGGAACUGUAAAAUGGAGUAUUGAGGCCCUUUUACACUUUGAAACUUUUAGGUGAAACUGGUGUGCAAUGGCAUUGCGAGACAAGGUGUUACAUGCCACAAUUUCAUCCUGAAUCUCAUUCGCAACACAAGUUUUGGUUGCCAAGUAGAAAGCAGUUAUCCUUUUUGAGAAACUUUCUCGAGAUGAAAGUUUCACAAAGCUGGGGUGUUACACGGUGCAAUUGCUUCUGAUACUAACUUGUCUUGCAAUGCUGUUGUACACUAGUUUCACCUAAAACACAUAACAGGGCCUUUACUCAAAUUACUUCCUUUUAUUCAGCCCAGGUCUCCUUUAUUUUUGCCUGGAUUUGACCUACAAAUUUGUUUUUUACAGGACAUUGUUUGAUUGAAUGUCAUUUCCAUUGCACUGUUUGAAAUUUUAGGGAUUGAAGUCCACAGAACAGAAAAAAAUUAAUUCUCAUUAGUAUUUAAUAGUUUUUAUCAUAAGUAUGUAAGUGAUAGAUUCGUUUUUAGUCAUCAAAAUGCAUGCAUUACAAUAUAAAGAACUCAUAAUAUAAUUAGGAAUGUUUUAUUAUAUUUACAUUAGAAAUAUUCAGUGGUAUAAACAAUUUUCGCUAUAAGCUAUUAAGUGUAGAAAUCAAAAAUAUUCUAGAUAUUACAACAAUGAAUCAAAGUGUGAAUUGAAAAACUGUGGGCAUCUAGAAAAUAUUCCAGGAAUGUUCUAUUGUUUUUUGGCAAAUCAAAGUUGACUUACAAACCACAAGAUAAUGGAAAGAUAACAAUAUAACGCUUCUGAUUUGUUAAGAAACAUCCUUGAAAUAUUUCUAGGUGCCCACAGUUUUUGGA